AUGGACGCCCGGGGUGAGUUGGAUUCCAUUUUUGAAUCGCUCCUGUCGCUGAACUUCGCCGACAGUGCACCAGUCCAAGGAUUGAAAGAGCGCCAGCAGCGCUGGGUAGAUGGGCAGCUGCGUGUGUUGCUUGUUGGUGAUUUCAGCAGCGGUAAGUCGACCCUGCUGAACAUCCUGGCGGGCCGCUUGAUUGCCGACACCGGAUGUCUGCCAACUACCAUGGCCUUGCAGGAGAUUACUUGUGGCGAGCAGAAGAACAUCGUGCUGGUGGAUAGCCCUGGGAUCAAUGCCGCCGAAGGUCAGAGGCAGACGGAGCAGGUCCUCAAUGAGGUGAGACUGAGUGACUACGUGAUCUUUGUAAUGAAGGCCACUGCGCCGGGAACCGCCUCUGAAGCAAAGCUGCGUGAUCUGCUGAAGCAUUACUCUACCCCAGGUAUCCUCGUCUUGUCUUAUUGGGAUCAGGUGGAUGAUGAUAGGCAGACAGAGGUCAUGGCCUAUGCGCAGGAGUUUGCGGCAGCUGCGUUUCCCGACAAAAAGACGCAGGUGUACUGCAUCGAUGGCAAGACGGCUGAGAAAGCCGUUCGUGCAGGUGUGCAGAUUGACGAGCCCGGAUGCCGCCACCUUCAGAGCUUCAUCUCAGAGAAGCUUGCUGACAAGAAUGUCCAGCUUGCGAAGCAGCUCGCAGGUUUCGCCUCCCAAGCAGCAUGGGCCCUUGAAGCUCACCUGAAGCAUUUACGGUCGCAGCGAAAGAAUGCGACCGGCGAGCAUGAGAAACACACAACAGAGCUCAAGCAAGAGGUGGACCGGAUUUGUGAAGACCUCAAAGAGUCUCGCCAGCAACGGCAAUGGCUGCAAGAAGAGGAGCGCGCAGCCCGCACAGAGGAGGAGAUGAAUUUGAAGGAUGACGAGAAGCAUCUGCGGGAGAAGGAAGAAAAUGCUGACAAAGGCGGAGUGUUUGAAGGGGCGGUAUCACGCGGAUCUCAAGCGGCAUCUGCAGGGGCUGCCAUGGGUACUGUUAUUCCUGCAUUGGGGACGGCGGUGGGGGCAGUCGUGGGUGGCUUGACUGGUGCAUUGGCUGGAGCAUGGGAGGGCCAAUUCGAUCAGAAAGCUGCCCGCGAGCGCAGGGACUCUGAACGCCAGCGAUAUGAGGACAGAAGGAAUCGUUACAAGAAGAGUGCAGAGAAGCGUCAAGAACGCUUAGAUGACUUGCAGAGGAGAGAGGGCAAGAAGGCGGAAGACCUGAGUCAUGUCCGGGAGCAGCAGCAACAGGCAAGGGACAAGCUGACAAACACGCUAGGCCCACUGACCAAGGAUGAGAAUUCGUCCAAGAAGGUGCUUCGUACAGUCCAGCAGUGGCAGGCAAAGUGGCACCCACUGCUGUGA